AUGGAGAGAGAGGAGCAGGAGAAGAUGAGACAGCAAGCCAUACAACAGGAGGAAGAGAGACUGAGAGAGUUGGAGAGGGAGAGACAAAAAGAGUUGGAAAAGGAAAGACGGAAAGAGUUGGAGAGAUUAAAGGAAAUGGAGAGAAGACAACUGUUUGAGUUGGAAAAACAGAAGCAGGCUGAGAGAGAGAGAAAACAACUUCUGGAGCUUGAAAAACAGAGACUGAGGGAGAAGAUGGAGAGAGAGGAGCAGGAGAAGAUGAGACAGCAAGCCAUACAACAGGAGGAAGACAGACUGAGAGAGUUGGAGAGAGAGAGGCAGCGUGAUCUGGAAAGACAAAAACAGAGAGAGUUGGAGAGGGAGAAACUGCGAAAGUUGGAGAGAGAGAGGCAGCGCGAUCUGGAAAGACAAAAACAGAGAGAGUUGGAGAGGCAGAGACAGAAACAGUUGGACUUUGAAAGACAGGAAUUGGAAAACCAGAGGGAGAGAAAAAGGGAGUCAGAGAGGGAGAGACAGAGGGUAGAAGAACUGGAGAGAAUAAAGGAGAUGGAGAGAAGACAAGUGUUUGACUUAGAAAAACAGAAGCAGAAUGAGAGAGAGAGACAACGGCUUCAUGAGCUUGGAAAGCAGAGACUGAGGGAGAAGAUGGAGAGAGAGGAGCAGGAGAAGAUGAGACCGGUAGCCAGACAACAGGAGGAAGACAGACCGAGAAUCAUGGAGAGGCAGAGGAGAGAGAACCAGGAGAGGGGGGCACUGGACUCCUUACCUCUCAGACCUAAAGUGCUGGAUCUAGACUCUGUGUCUCUGGGUGACCAGCACUCCAGAGGCAGUCCCCACUCACCUGGUGUCCGAUGGAAGCAGCCCUCUCCCUGGGCAGACGACCACUACAGACCUGGCAUCCUGGACAUAGACUCAUUCAGGUCCCAGACCGAGACACAACCCUUGUCCACUCGAGAGGUGUUCCCUGUCGCUGGCAUCCAGGGCUCAGACCCAAGUAGUGUGGCGAGAUCCCACCCCCACUCUCCAGAAAGGGAAGGUGGCCAUAGGAUGGCUCCCAAGGGCACAGUGGGGAAACCCAGUACAGUGCGGGCCCCCUCUCAGCAGGAGCUGUGGGAGCAGAGGCUAGGCAUCAACGAGGAAUCAGUGGAUAGGCCCAUGGCUGGACCAGAACCACCCAGGAAGCCUGCCAAUAAACCCAGCCUGGAGCAGCUCCUCCACAGGCUGGAGGACAGGGCCACGGCCCCAAUCCUGGUCCCAGAGAGACGCUGGUCUGGUAUGCCCAGUGAACCAUCCUUCCCCAGGAGAGAGCCCCACAGCUCUGGGUCCCCCAUGGAGCAGACCUGGUUCCCCCAGGACUCAGAGCCCCAGGGGCACAGGGUAGAGGCCAGAGGACAGAGGAGAUCUCAGGGCUCCCAGGUAAGAAACAGUAUCAUAUAGAGAGACAUAGGCUAUGUGAGUCAGUAGCAUUUAUAGAUUCAAUUAAUUCAACCAGUACAAGUGCUUUUGUGUAAUGUUAUGAUUAUGGGGGGUAGUUUAGUGUUGACACACAGUUAGGCAGUACACUACCAGGAUACACUUCCACACUCCUUUCCCAGGUGGCAGCACCAACCGGCUCAGGGGCAGGUGCUAUGCCAAGCCUUAUUAAGCCCACAGGUGGAGGCAAUCGAAAGAUGAUUAGGGUGCAAGCUUGCAGAACCGGGAGGAUGCAGGUUUUUCUUUCUUGGUGGCCUUUGGUUUUGGGUUGAAUCCUUAGUUUUGUCCAUUUUUGUUUAUUUUUGUAUAUAUGUAUUUCGUCCACCAUUUUGAAUGAACAAUAAUCUGCUUGGGCUAGCCGAGGAGGUGUUAAGACUGAGCUAGACCUAAGGUAAGGUUGCUGUCUCCUGGAUACAUGUACAUACAACACGGUCCUCAUACGCUGAUUUCUCACAUAGUGAACACCUUAAAUCAGGUUACAGACCAGUUAACCAGGCCUAAAACCCCUAGACUUAGCGAGCGUAUCAAUAUUAGCAGGCUAGUAAACUGUUCCGUAACAGCAAACAUUCGAUUUCUGUCUUAGGAUCUGAACCGGAUGAGGUCCCGCAGUGUGUCCCGUAGAUCAGCCCCGUCUGAGAGUGCUAUGGAGGGGACCCUGUCUAGGAUGAGGAGUAGGAGUGCACAUAGAGAGAGGGACCGACAGAGCUGGGUGAGUCAUGAUGCUCUGUUUCCAUACACACACAAUCACCUCAUUUCUGACUCAAAGUUGGAUCCGUUUCAGAAAUGAGCUUCUGCUACAGUGAAAUUACACUGCUUCAUCAUGGUAACAAUUGAAGCCCCUCAAUUCUUUUUCAUCACUGUUUAUACUUUUGAGCUAAUUCUCCCAGAAGAGGGGAAAAAAAAGUAAAUGCUUGUAAAUGACUUAAUUAGAAGAUUUGGUUGUGUGAGUUAAAGUAGGGUGGAGUAGGAAUGCAGUUAGUUCACUGGGAGAGUUGAGUGCUGUGCGGAGCACUGGAAGUAAUGAGUUGAUGAGUAAUGUGAAAAGCAUGGUCUCACUCAUCUCUCCACCUCCUUUUACCGCACAAAGCAGAGAAAUUAAAUGAUAUUUUCAGGCCUGUAAUUCAGGUUUGUUAUUAGUCAAAUAGUUAAUAAGUACAUGUGCUGCUCAUUUUGACAGCUUUCUGUUUGCAUAGCUGAAGAAAGGCUCUGCGGUGACAUUUCCCAUAGUGAUAUUGACAUUCCUUUUAUUCAAGCACCUGUCUAAUACUUUAGUGUUUGCUUCUCCUUACCACUGGUACACUGCAGAGACCCAUGCACCAUGUAAUUAGCCUACAUAUCAGCCUGUGCUACAAAGCAGAUUCCAUUCAGAGACAAAGCAAAUGUGGGCUACACGUUUGCAUGGAUAACCAUGUCCAUCUGCCCAAGUGUAAAUGGCUGAAAGUGAAAUGUUUAUAAGCAUACAAUACAUUCAUUACAUUAUUAGAGAAUGGGCUGCCCCCCUCCCCCAAUGAGCCCUCCCUCUCCAAUGAGGCCUCUGUGUUACUCCAUGAUGUUUCUAUUUGUGUGUCUGUCACCUCCUGCUGGUCUAUGGUGUGAAAUACAAUAUGAAGGCCUGAGUGAUGCUGCAAUUACCGCAGGGAUUCUAGUUUUUAAUUGUUUGUAGAGCAACUGGAGACACAGGUGUGAAAUACCUUGUCUAGAAUGAGUUAUUGAUGUAACGGCUACCAACCAGAACAUUAAGCUAUCCAAGACCAACAAUACAAACAGACUAUACUAAACGAGUUAAAUGUCUUACCUGUAAUGACAAGUUUUCCACACACAUAGCUAUGUGUAGCCUAUUUAGAUACUGGGUCUCCAUAAUUUCCCAGUCUCCCACGCCGAAUAGCCUGAAGCCACAGGGCUCUUCUCGCAAGCUCUAUUUCCCUAUGUGUGUGCAUGGCGAACCGUAGGUCGGGAUCUUUUACAUGGUUAAAUCAACAACGAAGUUGGCUCUUUUACACUGGGGGUCAAUGGGAAAUAAUGUUUUGCCCCAAUUUGUGGGCGUGGUUGAGGGGAAUUCCUUAUUACGUGAGUAUCAACAUGUGUCAAUGACUCUGUCGCUUGCUGUUGUGAUGAUAGUGUUUUUCUGUAUCAGUGUGGAGGUUGGGCCUAGUGAGUGCGCACUAUGGGAAAUGUAUGUCUAUCUCAUGAGAUCACACGGGUAUGAUCACAUCAUUACUAAUAUCAUGGUUAGCGAGGGGAGAGGUAAAGACGGAGAGAUGGUUGCCAGGCUCAGAGACAUGGUAUACUACACGAGCUGUCGUGCUGUCUGGCUGUGAUGGGAGAUCAUUCAUCAGAGCAGGGAAGCCAGUGAGAGGACAGACGAGACGGAUACAACUGAAGUCUGUGGUCCUCUGUAGCUCAGCUGGUAGAGCACAGCGCUUGUAACGCCAAGGUAGUGGGUUCGAUCCCCGGGACCACCCAUACACAAAAAAAAUUGUAUGCACGCAUGACUGUAAGUCGCUUUGGAUAAAAGCGUCUGCUAAAUGGCAUAUUAUUAAGUCAUUAGGCUUACAUCCCUUUGUGGACUCUGUUUAGAGGUGACUUGAGGGCUGUCAUUUCUUGUUGAACAAUUGUUAAAGCAGAGUUUUUUUUUUUUCUGUAGUAAAACGGUUAUCUCCAUAGUCAGUUGGUGUUGAUGAAACUUGAGUCUGUGUUUGUGGAGAGAACUGUGAUUUCCAGCUAUAGGAUGGUUCCUGGAGGGAGAUGGUUUGUUUGCUUUUAGAAUGUUGUUCCUCAGAACUAUUCUCCAGAAGCCCACCAGGGGGCACUUGUGGGCAGCUCAGAGCAGCAGUCAUCAGCCUCUGCCCCAGUUUGUUCUGAGGGGGGGUUCUGUUUGAGAAUAAAUCUGUGGUGCUCGGUUGUCUUACUGAGUGUCUUAACUCAGUGAGAUGAACGGUGGAGGACUGAAAGGGGAAAGGAGAGUUCUGUGACCUGACAUGCAGUUUACAUGAGUCAGGGAGACAUUUGUUAGGCAAACUCUGUCGUGAUUCCUCCCUUUAGCCAUGAGCUCACUGUGCUGCUGACAACCACAACCCCAGCUCUUGAAAACAGCCACACCUGUCUCCUCCACUCCUCCUCGCUCUCUUUUGCUCCCUCUCUUUCUUUCAGGCAUGCAUUUUCUCCAUCUAUUUGAAGGUAUAGGCUCAACAACAUAAACAUCCACCCAUGAACUUGAACUAUGUCUCUUAGUUUCUAUCACUGUCAACCCCCCCCCCCCCCCCCCAUCCUUCCUAUGUUUGCUUUCUACCCCCUCCGCCCUGUGCUGACUGCCUGUGAGAAUUCUCUCUUGCGUGCUGCAAGCAGAAACAGGCAGGAGAGACGGAGCACCGCAGAACAUAUAUCGCCCUCCCCUCCUGCACUGCAAAUCAGGGCCCUCCCUCUCUCCACUUCUCCCUCGCUCCCUGCCUCCUCUCUCCCCUCCCUCACUUCGUUCGCUCAGUUUCUCCUUGAGCGUGAGUCCUGUAGCGCUGGGGACUGGGAGCAGGAGACUGACGCAUUUCUCUAUCUGCCUGUACCUGCAGGGGAAGAGGGAGGGAAGGAGAGUGCACUGGUCUUACUUUGUCUCUCAUGGAUUUGACCUUAGCAUCACAAUCUCCUCUCCUGUUUGUGCUUCUAUAUCCACGGUGCUGCUCUGCUGUUGGUAUGCUGUGUACUCCGAGGGAAUAGGAAUCAGUACAGCUCUUCCUCCUGCCUGACACCAGCUGUUCUGUUCUUCCUGUAAAGUUUUCCACCAGGAAGACGACCGCAGCGUGGGCACUAUGGAGAGGUAG